GAGGAGAGUUGACAGAUGUGAAGAACGGUGCAGACAUUUGAUGCCUAAUUUGGUUUUCUGGGCGUGGAGCUGCUGAUCUGAGCUGCUCGUCAGGUCCCGGAGCUGAGGAGUUGCGAUCUAAGGUUCUCCACAGCUGGACGUCCCGGACCAACCAGACUAUCCGCAGCCAAGAACCAGAAAGAUUUCUCUGUCUUCUCUGAGUGGCUGACCACAAAAAUUUAAAGGAAGUGACUCCCAAUAGGAAGAGACUACUAUCUCACCGGAACCAUUCCAGCUUCUUACGUCACUUACCACAUCAUGGCUGUAGUCCUCCAUUCCAGCCCCCUCCUAUGGACACGGUUGGCAGCCCUGAUCUUCUCCUGCGUGGCCUUCUCCGUGGCCGUGCAUGGAGGCAGACUCUUCCACGGGACUGGAGAUUGGUGCAUCUUCUGCUGGGCCUUCAGUUUCGCCGGGACUCUGCUUGUUUUCCUGGUGGAGCUGUUCGGUCUUCAGACCAGGGCCCCUGUUUCCUGGAAGAACUUCCCUAUCACCUUCGCCUGCUACGCCGCUCUGCUCUGCCUGUCCGCCUCCAUCAUCUUCCCCCUCUACUUCCUCAAGGGCUCUUCAGGCCCGAGUGAAAUCCGCGACUACCGCAUCGUGUCAACCGUGUUCUCCUGUCUAGCCACCAUCGCCUACAUUACCGAGGUGAGCAUCAGCAAGGCGCGUCCGGGCGAGGUGGCUGGCUACAUGGCCACAGCCCCAGGCCUGCUGAAAGUCUGCGAGACCUUUGUGGCUUGCAUCAUCUUCGUCUUCAUCAGCGAACCUGUGCUGUACGACCGACACGACGCGCUCAAGUACUGCAUGUCCGUCUACUGCAUCUGCUUCAUCCUGUCAGCGGCCAUCAUCCUGCUCUGCAUCGGCGAGUGCACCGGCUGCCUCCCCUUCCCAUUUGCUCGCUUCCUGUCUGGCUACGCCCUGCUGGCUGUGGUCCUCUAUCUAUCAGCAACCAUUAUCUGGCCCAUUUUCAACUUUGAUCCCAAGAAUGGCGGAAACAAAGAUAGGCCCUACAAUUGCAACACCGCGCAGGGCCUGUGCAGUUGGGAUAAGUGCAUGGUGGUGUCUGUGCUCACGGCUGUCAACUUCAUCCUUUACCUGGCCGACCUGAUCUACUCCACCCGCCUGGUGUUUGUCAGCGCUUGAGGGAAGAGAAAAGAUGUUAGGCCAGCAGUAUGCUACAUAUAAAAUUGAAUUUGUCAGGUUCUCAAAAGCUGUCAAACUGCUGUCAAACACACUGCUCCAGGCUGAUGCUAGUGCAAUCACUGCGACUCCGGUCUGUUUGUUUAAUGGUCAGAAGAGCUCCUGGGUCACCAUGAGAGCAAACUGUAGAGUUCUACCACAACUGGUAUAGUUUAUUGUAUUGUUGUAAUCCAAUCUAACUCCAUUUGUUCUUUGAAAUUUGAAAAUUAUAGUAUUUGAUUUCCCCCCCCCCCACACACACACACACACUCCCCACACAAACUUGCCAAAUUUGAUUUUGUAAAGUAUACUGCUUAGGACCAUAGAGCAAGAGAGAAGAGGGAAAGGUUGAGGUCAAUGGCUAUGUUUACACGUACAACAAUAUUCCAUUAAAUUACUGAGGCUUACUGUUCAUAAAUGUCCAACCUUGCUUUCAGUUACCUGGAAAGACUCUUAUCCUGAUGAUGAAAGACCUGAAUGUAAUUGCUGGAUCUUUCUAUCAGUUUAAAAAUGGCACAUCAUUGCCAAAUGUAAUACUCAAAAUACAAGAUUAGUAUAGUAAAGGUGUACAUAAGUAAAGUCAGAUAAGAUUAUUGUAUGUAUUAUGUAUACUGGAACAAGCGAUUCAGAUAAUUUUAGACACAGACUCUUAACAUGGACACAACACCCACAAUACUAUGUGCAUGUAAACAUAGUCUUUAAUGACAAAUCAAGAAAAAACAAAGAAAAUGGCGGCUUGUUAUUGUGUUUUUGUUUCAUUUUUUGGCAUAAUGCAAAUGCCAGUGCUCUGCCUUAAAGUUAUGUUCAAUUUGAUGUCAGUUAUGAAAAAAAAACUGUCGUUCAGUAUUUCUGUUUCAACCGCUAAUGGAGGAAAUUUAGAAAAGCUGUAGAGAGCCAAGUUUAUGUUAACUGUUAUUAUUAUUAUUAAUAUCCAAAUGCCAUACAAUUGGAAAUCCAAGACUUUAUAGAAAGUUGAAUUUCUGUUUAGUUUUUCGAUGAUUUCAUUGAAGGAAUUGAAUGUUUUUUGUCCCCAAUAGUAUGCAGAGAAGCUGAUUGUAUCAUUUAUCAUUUUUACACGGCUCCAAUGUUGUCAGA